AUGUCCUUCGAAAGGUGGCCCCGGCCUGGUGAAGAUGGCGUGAGUGACGCUUCGGAGGUGUCCCGAGAAGAUUUGCCACUACGACUGCUGGCAGAAUUUUCCUCUGCAUGGCCACAUGCGUGGCAUCCAGUGGUCCUGGAUGAGGACCGGCGGAGCUUUUCCUUCCAUUGGCCCAAGGCCAUCUCAGAAGAACGCUCCCAGAGCUACUUCGAGCGGUUGCUGGAGGUAGCGCCUUGGGUGGAACUACGGAAUACAAAGGGCACAAGUGUGACACGCAGUACCUGCUGGUACUGCACCGGUGGUUGCACCUGUGACUAUGCUUACGGACAGCAGAAACGCGUCACGAAUGCAAGCACCCUUCAAGCAGCUCCAGAAGGAUCUCCACCACUCACAGCUCAGAGUCCAGGUACAGACUGCACAGAGGGUGAGUUUGUCCACGGCUCUGUCGAGGUUGAACCCUUGUCUGAAGAAUCUCUGAGCAGUUUCAGAGCUGUCAUGGAGGAAAUAUUGGAACACGUUUUCGGAGAUCUUUUCCCAGGCUUGAGCAAGGAUGCAUGGCCCAACAGCGCGAAUCUAAACCUGUACAGGGAUGGCCGCCAAGGAGUAGGCUCUCAAGCUUCAAAUUUUUGUCGUCUUGGACUCCUUGGACUUCUCGCGCCUCUCCUUCCUACCUCCUUUCCUACCCCGAGAUUGAACCUCAGGUUGGCAUGCAGAUGA